UAUCAAUUUUUUAGAAAUAUAAUAAAAGAAAAUUCCCUAUUCCUUCCAUUUGUUCUUUCCUUUACAAUGGCCUCAAAAUGGCCAUCUCCGAAACCCACGAGAAAAAUCUUCACCAUCUCUCUAAUCUUCCUCCUCUGCAUUUGCGCUUACUUUCUCGGCCUCCGUCAACACCCCUCCUCCGCCAUCGCCCUCCUCCGCACCACCCCAUGCACCACCCUCCCAAACACCACCACCACCACCACCGGCGGAAAACCCAACUACUUCCCAGCAUGCGGCAUGGAGUACAGCGAGUACACGCCAUGCGAGGACACAAAAAGGUCGCUGAAGUUCACAAGACACCGGCUGAUUUACAGAGAGAGACACUGCCCGGAGAAGGAGGAGGUAUUGAAGUGCCGUAUUCCUCCGCCGCCGGGGUACCGGAAUCCGUUCCCAUGGCCGGAGAGUAGAGAUUACGCUUGGUACUUGAAUGUGCCGCAUAAAUCCCUGACGGUGGAGAAGGCGGUGCAGAAUUGGAUAAUAUACGAAGGGGAGAGGUUCAGAUUUCCCGGCGGAGGGACGAUGUUCCCUAACGGAGCUGAUGCGUAUAUUGACAAAAUUGGGAAACUCAUUAAUCUGAAAGAUGGGUCCAUCAGAACCGCCAUUGAUACCGGCUGUGGGGUGGGAAGUUGGGGAGCUUAUCUUCUGUCAAGGGACAUUGUAACCAUGUCGUUUGCGCCAAGGGACACCCACGAAGCACAAGUUCAGUUCGCUUUGGAGCGAGGAGUUCCUGCGCUCAUUGGCGUUCUCUCCUCCAAGAGACUGCCUUAUCCUUCCUCUGCCUUUGACAUGGCUCAUUGCUCUCGCUGCCUCAUUCCAUGGCCACAACAUGAUGGCAUCCUCCUCAUCGAAGUCGAUCGAGUUCUCCGCCCCGGCGGAUACUGGAUCCUCUCUGGCCCUCCCAUCAACUGGAAGCAACACUGGAAAGGCUGGCAAAGAACAAAGGAAGAUCUGAACUCUGAACAGCUCGCCAUUGAAAAGUUAGCCAAAAGUCUCUGUUGGACUAAGCUUGUGGAACAUGGUGAUAUUGCCAUUUGGCAAAAGCCCAUCAAUCACUUGAACUGCAAAACCAACCCCAAGAACACCAACAAUCCACCUUUCUGCAAGCCCCAAGAUCCUGACAAAGCUUGGUAUACAGAAAUGCAAGCUUGUUUGACGCAUUUGCCACAAGUUUCAAGCAGUAAGGAAAUUGCAGGAGGGAAAUUGGCAAGAUGGCCAGAGAGGCUAACUGCAAUCCCACAAAGGGUUAGCAGGGGAACUGUAAAAGGGGUCACUGAAGAAACGUUCAUUCAUGAUUCUGAGCUAUGGAGGAAGAGGUUGUCAUAUUACAGAACCAUCAACAAUCAGUUGAGUCAGCCUGGACGGUACCGCAAUUUCUUAGACAUGAAUGCUUUCUUGGGUGGAUUUGCUGCUGCUCUGGUUGAUGACCCAGUUUGGGUGAUGAAUGUUGUCCCUGUGGAUGUCAAAGUCAAUACGCUCGGAGUUAUAUACGAUAGGGGUUUGAUCGGCACGUAUCAAGAUUGGUGUGAGGCAAUGUCUACAUAUCCAAGAACUUACGACUUCAUUCAUGCAGAUUCAGUUUUUAGCCUCUAUGAGAAUAGAUGUGAAAGGGAAGAUAUUCUACUCGAGAUCGACAGAAUUCUGAGACCAGAAGGAAGCGUAAUCUUCCGAGAAAACAUCGAUAUAUUGACGAAAAUCAAGACGAUAACGGAUAGGUUGAACUGGAGCAGUCAAAUUGUGCAUUCUGAAGAUGGAUCUUAUCAUAUGGAGAAGCUUCUAUUUGCAGUAAAAAACUAUUGGACAGCAUCUCCUGAGCAUUCUAAUCAACAAGGCUCUAAACCAACUUAACCACUCAAUCACAUCCAUGUUCUUUUUAGUGCUUGAUUUACCAUCAUUUAUUACCAAGAACAGUGAAUUACAUUCAAUGAACUGAUAUGAUCAAUGGGAAUGAAUCAUAAUUUCAAUCU